AUGCACAGUGCAAGUAUAAGAGUGACCUCCACUCCAAGACAAGGGUGGAGAUGCACAGAGUAUCUUCCACCUCAAGACACCCCAGAGAUACACAGAUGCAAGUAUAAGAGUGACCUCCACUCCAAGACAAGGGUGGAGAUGCACAAAGAAUAUUUUCUACCCCAAGACACUCCAGAGAUGCACAGAUGCAAGUAUAAGAGUGACCUCCACUCCAAGACAAGGGUGGAGAUGCACAGAGAGUAUCUUCCACCCCAAGACACUCCAGAGAUCCACAGAUGCAAGUAUAAGAGUGACCUCCACUCCAAGACAAGGGUGGAGAUGCACAGAGAGUAUCUUCCACCCCAAGACACCCCAGAGAUACACAGAUGCAAGUAUAAGAGUGACCUCCACUCCAAGACAAGGGUGGAGGUGCACAGAGAGUAUCUUCCACCCCAAGACACUCCAGAGAUCCACAGAUGCAAGUAUGAGAGUGACCUCCGCUCCAAGACAAGGGUGGAGAUGCACAGAGAGUAUCUUCCACCCCAAGACACCCCAGAGAUACACAGAUGCAAGUAUGAGAGUGACCUCCGCUCCAAGACAAGGGUGGAGAUGCACAGAGAGUAUCUUCCACCCCAAGACACCCCAGAGAUACACAGAUGCAAGUAUAAGAGUGACCUCUGUAUCAAGACAAGGGUGGAGAUGCACAGAGAGUAUCUUCCACCCCAAGACACCCCAGAGAUCCACAGGUGCAAGUAUAAGUGUGACCUCUGCUCCAAGACAAGGGUGGAGAUGCACAAAGAAUAUCUUCUUCCCCAAGACACUCCAGAGAUACACAGAUGCAAGUAUAAGAGUGACCUCCGCUCCAAGACAAGGGUGGAGAUGCACAGAGAGUAUCUUCCACCCCAAGACACUCCAGAGAUACACAGAUGCAAGUAUAAGAGUGACCUCCGCUCCAAGACAAGGGUGGAGAUGCACAAAGAAUAUCUUCUACCCCAAGACACUCCAGAGAUACACAGAUGCAAGUAUAAGAGUGACCUCCACUCCAAGACAAGGGUGGAGAUGCACAGAGUAUCUUUUACCCUAAGACACUCCAGAGAUGCACAGAUGCAAGUAUAA